AUGAUUCUAUCUGGGACGUGUCUGACCUUGACCCUUGUCACCUACGCCAUGUUUUCUGAGCUCCGAAGCGAGGCUGGUAAAACUAACAUCAUGUUGUGUGUGAGUCUACUGCUAGCUACAGUCAUAGUCAUGGCCAAAGCUUACAUAACAAAGCUUGGCAUUAUUUGCACAACAUUGGGCGUGGCCUCACACUUCAUGUGGCUUUGGAUGUUGAUGUGGAUGUUCCUGGGCACGUUCCAGAUGUUUAAGAUAUUCAGCGCGUCCACACGUAACAUGAACUCUGACCCGUAUCAAAACCACUUGCUGAUGAGAAAACUUGUCAUCUCGUUUCUGCCGCCCUUGGUGAUUGUCGGUGCUGUGAUUGUCAAGUCUUUAAUAGAGUCAGAUGGGGACGUCAUUGGCUACGGUCUCAAUGGUUGUUUUAUAGACUCGAAUUCCUCCGUGGUGAUGUUCCUAAUAGCACCAGUGGUGGCGGCUACAGUUGUUAACAGCGGACUCUUCGCGGCAACAACCUACAACAUUCACAAAGUGAGACGGGUCCAGGCGUCAGACUUUACACAAAGAACUCACGGGAUGUUUUUAGUCUACGUCAAACUCUCAACCCUGACAGGAAUAACAUUUGUCUUGGACUUCAUCGCUUUUAUGCUGGACUCGGAUGUUAUGUGGAUCAUCUCGAUACUUCUGACUGGACUGCAGGGUGUUUUUAUUUUCUUGUCGUUUACUUGCAACAAGCGUGUCCUUGACCUUUAUGUCAAACUGUGUCGAGACAGAGGGGACACGGCGUCAGGAAUCUCACCGAGAAUUGCAAACAUCAGCGGCAAUGUGCCAGAAAUAUCAUAA